AUGAAAAAAAGGCGAGAGCUCGAUGUGCUUGGACGAAUGAAUCUUACCCAGAACCUGGUAGCGACAUUCUUUUCUCCGUUCGUGGCGGCGGCGACUGUGCUACCCGAUGAGGUGGCUCCGCAACCGGAACUGGUAAGGGUGAAUUCGGUGGUUGUUGAGGAGUAUGAUCCAACCAGGCCGAAUGAUUAUGAAGAUUAUAGGAGGGAGAAAAAAAGGAAGGCGAUGGAAGCGGAGAGGUUGAGGGAGAUUGAGAGGAGGACGCAAGAGGAGGAGGAGGAGAGGGAGAGGGAGAGGGAUAGGGACAGGGAUGUGAAUAUUUUUGGGGAGGAAGCAUGGAGAAGGCGUGCUGCCAUGAGUGGAGGGACGGUAGGGUUGGGAGUUGGUGCUGGUGGACAAAUGACUGCGGCGCAGAGGAUGAUGGCGAAGAUGGGGUGGAAGGAAGGGCAAGGAUUGGGGAAACAGGAGCAAGGGAUUAUGACGUCAUUGAUGGCGAAGAAGACUGAUAGGAGAGCUGCGGUUAUAGUGAAUGCUAGUGAGAAGAAGGUGAAGAGUGUGAAUUUCAAUGGAACUCCUCCAACUUGGGUUUUGCUCCUUAGACAGCAGGUGCAAUAGGCCGGGACGCGGAGGUCGAAGGAAGAGAAGAGGCAGCGGCAGCGGCAGGAAAAAAAUUGACCGGGUCUCACCCGGGUUUGACCGGGUGGACCGGGUCCCG